AUGCGUGAAAUGCUCAAUGCGUGUACUAAACGCUCGGCCGAGGGUCGGGAGAGUGUUCGGGAUUGGCUCAACAUGCGAUACCGUGAAAAGAGUUUUGAGGACAUGAAGCAACGGCUCGCUAGUUAUAAAUCGACACUUAGUAUUACCUUCGAGUCAAUCAACAUUCGGGUUCAAUGUAGCACGCAAGAUUCAUUAGACAAUCUGAAAGACUCAAUCCAAGGUACCAAAGAAGACCUAGAAGAUCAAUUGAAUCAAGUGCGAGAAACAAUCGGUUCUGCAGAUGCGUCAUCCCGAGAAACCCUUCAAGCAGAUCAGGCUCGAUUGCAGAGAAGUCUUGAUACUCUUGAACAAGCCCAGCGAGUUGCAGAUACAACACAUCCUGAAGUUAUUAUCAAGAGCAACCGAGCUGAUCAAGGCAGUCGUGCAAUUUUUGGCACAGAUACAUCUCAGCCACAGUUCAGCUUGAAUGUCACAGAUAAUGAGGCUGGGCUUGGGGCCGUAGUGUCUGCUGGGGUCCAUACUCCGCAAACUCUCCAAGCGCUGCUGAGAGAUUCUCGGACACCAGAUCUCGCGCUUGCGCUUCAAGCACUACAGACUCAACCACAAAACACCAAUGCUCCUGUUCUGCGGUCCGUUUUGCACAACCUGUCAGUUGGACCAUCUGAAGCUACCCACAGUACAAAUCCAAGGAUUUCAGAGGGUACAAACCCGGUAGCGUUCUCGGCACUCAGACAAUCAAUCGAGCCAUUGCAUGAGGAAGUAGUCAAGAAUGACAAAGCUCUUAGGUGA